AACGUGUCUCUCGCUCGCGAAAGGAUCCGAAAACAGUGACACGCAGUCAGAAAAAGCAAAACCUUUCCGCGGUGCAUCAGAUUUUCUUUGCUUUUUCCGUGCGGAUUCCUAUAACAAUAGAUUAUUAGAUUGGUGGCGAUUGUUUGGGGUUUCGCUGCACCUGGCUUGCGGCAUCUGGAUACGACACCGUUGGGAACCUGAAACGGCGAUCUUAGCCGCCGGCCACACCAUCGAUACAUUCCCCUAUCGGCUGUGAGCGGAACCGUGAUUAUUGGAAGAAGCUAGUGCAGUAGUUAAGUUGAGGUAGGUACCCAUCCAGCGAGAAUGGCCGACGUGGUCGAGGAUAUCGUGCAGCAGGUGCAGGAGAAUCUCACGGAAAGUGCCAACGCGGCAGCCACCAAUGGCACGGCGAAGAUACCCUCGACGCCGGAAGGAAUGGCCCUUGCCUACGGAACACUGGUGGUGAUGGCCAUGCUGCCCAUCUUUUUCGGAUCGAUGCGGUCGGUCAAACACCACAAAGAGCAGACGACUGCCUUCGAGAAAACCGGCGAAAAGCCCGACACUAUGACCUCGAAGGAUGCGAUGAUGUUCCCGAUUAUGGCAUCAUGUGCGCUCUUUGGGCUGUACAUGUUCUUCAAAAUUUUCUCCAAAGACAACAUCAAUUUCCUGCUGACCGGUUACUUUUUCUUCCUCGGAGUGAUGGCCCUGUCCCAUCUGCUCAGUCCGGUCAUCAGCUCUCUGAUUCCGGCAUCGAUUCCCAAGAUUCCGUACCAUUUGUCGUUCAUCCAGGGACCGACAGAGGGCGAAAGGGACGACAAGGAAACGUAUCUGAUUGACUACAAAUUCACCACCCACGAUAUUUGUUGCUUCAUCAUUUCACUGAUCAUUGGAGUUUGGUAUUUGCUACAGAAGCACUGGAUCGCCAAUAAUCUUCUGGGUUUGGCCUUCGCCGUAAAUGGUGUGGAGCUGUUGCAUCUGAAUAAUAUUGUCACUGGUUGCAUCUUGCUGGGUGGAUUGUUCUUUUAUGACAUUUUCUGGGUGUUUGGAACGAACGUGAUGGUCACCGUGGCUAAAUCCUUUGAAGCCCCUAUCAAGCUGGUCUUCCCACAGGAUCUGAUCACAAACGGAUUGAACGCUUCGAACUUUGCCGUGCUUGGAUUGGGUGAUAUUGUUAUUCCUGGGAUUUUCAUUGCUUUGCUGCUACGUUUCGAUAACAGCUUGAAGAGGAAAAGCAACUUUUACUUCUACGCUACAUUCACGGCGUACUUCUUCGGACUGUUGGCUACGAUUUUCGUAAUGCACGUUUUCAAACAUGCCCAGCCAGCGCUUCUUUAUCUAGUUCCGGCUUGUUUGGGAACCCCGCUGCUGUUGGCAUUGCUCAAGGGAGAUAUCAAAAAACUAUUUGCCUAUGAGGACCAUCCAGAAGAAAAACCAGCUAAGGAAACGAAGAAUAACAAAUCGGAGAAAUCUUCCGCUUCCGGCGACGAAUCCAGCACCAAGACGAAAAAGGAAACCAAGAAAAAGGAGUCGAAAAAAGUAAAGUAAACGGGAGCGCACUGAUUAACCGAUGGAUCAGAAUGAACUAGCGUGCUGGUUCAUGUUAUUGGAUAUUUUGCGACAUGUUACGAGUAUCCAUUUUGCGGAUGUAUAAGAGUACUUUAAAAUCGUGGCUAUCGUUAAGUUACAUAUUACAACCUAACAACUUUGCUACAAUUUUCCUACCCCUAAGGUUAUAGAAAAUCAGCUUUUCCCAAUGCGAAAACAAACCAACAAAAAAAACCUUACCUAGUAAAUUGUUUAAGAUUGAUAUUGCUGGAAAAAGUGUGUUAGCUUACUCAGCCGGAAUCUAGAGGAAGAUGAUAUUCAUCGUACCAGAUAGUCACAGUAUUGAAAAAAAGGUAAACAUCUAUUUUAUUCAAUUUAUCUUCCAAAACAAGAAAGCAUCUAUAACCGAUGGCUGCCAACGUAGUAGCGUUAACAAAAGCUCUAUUCUACAAUCCUUCCAAUUAUCUAACACCCGCUCAUCAAGCGAAUUUGUACAAUGAUCUACUAAAAUAUUAUAGAACGUAAAAAAGUGGACCGGGCAACCAACUAACAACUACUGGAAGAAAAGUGGCCCCAAAUCAUGACUGCACAAUCGAAAGACUAACUAAUAGGUACCAGCCUUGAUUGAUGGGUUCUGAUCCGGCGCGAGCAGUGAUUAAUUUAAUAAUGGUAAAAGUUAAAAAAGACUCCCUUUCCAAGUUUGUUCAGUGCUGACUAUUGUUUGCUUAUGUUUUCGAUAGUUUAAAUUUUUCCCUCCGUUAUUUAAAUCCACAUUAAAACGUGCACACACAAACAACCACACACAAAUGCGCACGCACGAUACAAAAUACACCUGCCAAUCAAUCAAUCGAUUCCAGUAGAACAUACCUAUUUGAAUGCGUUUCGGGAAACAAACAAACAAAAUCAGAAAACGCGUAGAGAAUCUGCAACUAUUGUUCAUUAUUGGAUAUAAUUUCCUACUAUUUGAUUUUUGUACUGCAUAGUUUAAAGAAAAAAAAUAAGGAAAAAUACAUUGCUACAAAAUAGAGAAAAAAAAACUGGUUUAAAAAUGGAAAAAAUAAUUAGUUUUGAACUUA